AUGUCUCGCCGUCAUCGCACUCCAAAAGAAGCACUAGUCUAUUUUGAUUUCGAAGAAAGUAUUGCCGUAGUUAAAUCGAAGAAACUGCAUGGUGAUGUUGUGAUUGAUAACAUAGUUGAUAUUGUGUGUGAUGGAAAGAAGUUGGAGUGCCGCAUCUUAGGUCUUUCUGAUGAUCCUGCCGAGUUGAUCGCAUUGGAUGAACAGUUUUGGAAGAAUGGUGGACUUGAUAGUAAAUUAGACACAUCAGAAUUGCAAUCUGCCGAGAAGCUUGUAGACCAAACAGGUGACAUGGAAGAUGACGGUGAUGAACCACCACAGCCACCCCCAAAGAAACCCAGAAAAGGAGCGAAAAAUAACCAGACUUCCAACCCCGAUGACAGCAUCCAGGAAUUUGUAGAUCGAACCAUUGGCACUCUGCUGGACAACACGGCGGUUUAUCACCCUGAUAGGAUUGAGAUCAGGAAAAGGAAUCGAAUCAAACGUAUAAUGUAUCAAAACCCUGAACCCGAUUUCAUAUGGCACGUUGAUUCAUACGAUAAGCUAAAACCGUUUGGAAUAUGUAUAAAUGGUGCAAUAGAUGGAUAUUCAAGACAUAAUGUUUGGCUUGAGGCACAUUCAACAAAUAGUGACCCUGCAGUAAUAUCGAGCUAUUAUGUAAAUGCUGUUAAGGAAAACGAAAAGGCUGUCCAAAGCGAAUUUAGAGCUGAUAGAGGAACAGAAAAUGGACAUAUUGAACAUAUGCAACUGGAAGUUUUAUAUAUGGGUCUAGCAACCACAAUCAACGAAUUGAAUCUUGGUGGUCAUUUUUGCGAAAACAUUUUUCGCAAUUUUGGAUGAAUUUUUCCAAUCACUGAAAGACAGUGACAGAUAUACUGGUGAAUUUCUGGACAAAAGCCUAGUUCAGUUUUGUUUCAUGGAUUUAAUUCAACAUGGCUUACAUGAAGUUGUUCACUUAUGGAACACUCAUCACAUCCGCCCUAGCCGGAACCAGGUAGCUCCAUGUGGAAGACCAACAAUUAUGUAUAAUCUCCCACACUCUAUGGUGCUCAUCAU